AUGUUGUUAAAUACGGAUCGACUCUUGCAACAAUAUGUUGUAGACAAUUAUGUCAAAACUGAAUCAGGGAGGUUAAGGUGGAUUAGAGAGCACCAACGUGAUAUACGUGCUGAAGUGUACCAAGGUUUACAGGAUGCUUUACAUGUCGGUGAAACUAAUGCAGAAAACAUUGGAAAAAGAACAAUAUUGCCAUCAUCAUUUAUUGGAGGUCGUCGAGACAUGACACAAUGCUAUGAAGAUGGCAUGGCUAUUGUUCUUCAUGGCGGUAAACAAGAUGUUUUUCUGACAAUGACAUGCAAUCCUUUUUGGAGUGAGAUAAAAUCAGAACUUUUUCCUUUUCAAACACCACAAGAUCAUCCAAAUAAGCUAACAAGAAUAUUUCGUUCAAAAUUCGAGCAAUUAAAGGAUGAUGUUAUUAAUAAAGGAGUCUUAGGAAAGGUUAAAAGCUACAUGUGUGUCACUGAAUUUUAA